AUGUUUAACAACUUUAGACGACUUGCCAUGAUCAAGAAUGCAGCAGCCAAUAUCAAUGCCACUCCACACAGACUUGCACUUACCACAACCCUUUCUCUUCGAUACUACGCCAAGUUUGGCCAACCAUACCAGGGCCCUCCAAAACUUCCCAAAGAGGAGCAAGAGGAAUUUGAAAGGUUGCAACAGAGAGCUCAGACUCAAAUAGCUAUAGAGGAGUACAACGAUCAGAUUAGAGCACAACAAGCUGCACAAGUGCAAGCGCAAGAAGAAGCUGCACAGGUUGAGAACACGAAUGCUGCUGCCAACCAUAAAGUAAACGAAAGUGGAAACGAAAACGAGAACGAGAACGAACGUCCACCACCUGUAGUAAACCCUAGUGGAGACCUGGAUAUUGGGUCAUUCGCUUAUUUGAAAAUUAUACCAGAAUUUGAAGGCGACGUUAAUCCAAAGACUGGAGAACGCGGUGGCCCAAAACAGGACCCAUUAAGAAACGGUGAAGAGUGGACAUAUAACGGUAGGACUAUUGACUUUUAA